AAAGCAGAAUCUGAUCUGGAUUAUAUUCAACACAGACUGGAGUUUGAAAUAAUGAAAAGUCUUCCUGAUAAUCCAGCAGCAGAGGAAAAUCCAGUUGCUCUCUUGGAAGAACUCUCGGUGGUGAAGUCACGUUAUAAAAUGUUAUGUAUGCAGCUGGAAAAAGUUUCCAUAGAGCAGAGAGAAUCCAUGAAGGGCAUCCGUGCUGCUCUAGAGAACACAAUGAAGAUGGUUCAGGCAUUACAGCAACACGCUGAUCUUGAGCGCUUACCUCUGUCAGAAGAAGAACAGAGUGCAGCACAGCAGUUAACCUGCCAAACUGUUAAAGAAAUGGAAUCACUAGUGGAAGAGCCAUUUUGUUCAGGAUCUACAGACCCUGGCUCAACUGAAGAAUUGCAAUUCAAACCAUUGACUGAAGAAAUACUUAUGACUGUACCAAGGAGUAUCAGAAGUACUGUUAAAUUAGCAGACUUGAACAAUUUGUACAGGGAGUUAUUUAACCACUUUGUUGUAAAUAAGAACAGAGCAGCAUUGAGUGUUUCACAGAUGAACAAGAUGAAUAUGAAAGCGACUGACUCAAGAAUACAAAUCUUGAAAGAACUUGCUAUUGCAGAACUUGACAAACAAGGAAAUGUUAAAUUAGUUAUGUAG